AUGGCGGACGAAGAAAAGAAGUUGUGAUGACGAAGAGCCAAGUGCAAUUUUUAGGUUAAGCGGGCAUACUAUGGAUAGCAGGCACAAGCAGAUCCAUGACAAGGCAAAUGACCGCUACCUAAGGCAGCAGUACCGUGAGGCAGCCGAGCUGUUCUCCCAGGCGCUGGGGUGCAUCCGGCCGUCAGCCUCCAACCAGCACCGGGAGCUCCAACUCUCAUACCUCAACAAACGCUCAAUGUGCUACCUCAAAUUGGAGCAGUAUGAGGAAACCCUUACAGACUGCAACCAGCUCCUGUCCCUAUCACAGAACCGCAGCGGUACUGCGAAGGCCCUCACCCGCAAGACUCAGGCCCUGUCCAAACUGGGACGGAUCAAGGAGGGGUAUGAGGCGGCCAAAGCCUGGACCAUCGCUGAGCCAAAGAACCCACAAGCAUCCAAAGAAAUGAACAGACUUAAAAAAGCAUGGCAACACAUGGGGGGGGCUGUAGAAAAAACUGUAAAUAAUGUAGGAAGCGCACACACCACAACCACCAGACCCCUACCAGGGAAGAGUAGGACAGUCCACACUAGUGCUAGCAAUAUGGGAACAGGGGCAGCACCACCGCAAAAUAGGGAGAGGAAUGCCAGCGGGGAGGGGAAACAGAAAUUAAGGACCUCAAAAUCAGCAGAUUCAAAGUUUUAUUGUUCAUACUGUGAUUUCCAAUGUGCCACUGACGUCGACCUUCAUCUUCACUGCAUGGGGCAAUCACACCAGGCCAUUAUCAUGUCUGAUGAUGGGAGGGACUGGAAAUAUCGGCCUCCACCCAGAGGCAUCACGGGGGUAGACUACAUUCUAUGCUUAGACCGCAACAAAUGCCGCUUCGGGGAUCAGUGCACAGCAGCGCACUCCGACGACGAACUCGGGGAGUGGAGAGAAAGAUACAAGUACAGGGAGAUGAAACUGAAGAGAGCUAAAGAGAAACAGCUUCAUGGCAUCAGCUACGCCGAUCAACUUUUAGAGAAGUGGAUGACCUCAACUGUACCUCUGGACGUGGUUACAGAAGCUUUGGAUGAUGUGAAAGUGACUGUCAACUCAGGCCUGAACGUCUCUGUUACUUCAAAAUCUUCUGUGCACUCCUGGACUUUCACCCUUCACUCAAAGCCGUCCAAGAUGCUUCAUAGGAUAGCUCUCUUGUAUGACAUUCACCGGCCUCAUUUUAGCAUCUCCAGCGUGUCCCUCGGUGAUGCCAAGCGUCAGGUUCCUCAACAGUUGUCGGAUAACUGCCAGGAAUGGACCAAUCUGAAUAAUAAUAACCAAUUUGCGGGUAAAUCUAAGGAGAGACUGUAUCGCAUCAAGCUGCAGUUCACGUCUCAGAUCUUCGGCACAUUCCGUCAGUCUAUCGUCUUUGACUUUGGCAGCGAGCCCGCGCUGAUGCAACGCAUCUCCGUGGACGCCGUCUCCAUGGCUUGCCAGAAGGAGCUGGAAGACGUACGGGCGACGCUGACGUGCGUGAGCGAGCGUUGGGACGCGAGCAACAAGAGCAUCGAGGAGUUCUCACCGAAGGUCCCGUACGGGAUGGAGGAAGACAAGGGUCUGCUCAGCUUCUACGUAGCACCUCAUUCUGCCGAGGAACUGUUUCACAACUCUGUGCUGAAUAAGACGCUGACAAAGAACAACUACAGAGGAAAGAUGCAUGACUUAUUGAACAUUGAAGAAGUGGCACGGUUUAAGGACCUCAGCAAAUUCAACAUCCGAACAACCCUCCAGCUCAGCUCCAGUUUUCACCUCGUCCCCUCCCGCAAUGUCGGCGCCCGCUACUCAGUCGAUGGGCAACUCUUCGCCCUCCUACGCCUGAACGACGAGCUCUCCGAAGACACCAGAGGGGGCAAGCUCAUCCUGAAUAGCUGCAGCUCAGUUCUCUUAGCGCCCACGAAGGAAGGAAAAAGCCCCAGGGGGAAGGGGGCUGAGAAGGCAGCCCCUGAGGUGGUGUAUGAGUGUGCGAUAGCGGAGAAGGGGAAGGGCGAGAUCUACCUGACGAUUCCGAAGAAGUGCGUAGAUGAGUUGAAGCUGACGACGGAUAUGGAGAUGAAGGUGGAACUACAGUUCCAGCUCAAUAGAUUACCCCUAUGUGAGAUGCACUAUGCAGUGGACAAGCAGCCGGACAUGACUCUUUUGUUUCCCAAUGUGAGGAACGCUCCCAACAUUCCGUGGACACCAAGCAAGCAGUGGGACCAAAGCAUGGACCCUCGUCUCAAUGCCAAACAACGCGAGGCCAUCAUCGCCCUGACGGCCCCGCUCAACAACCAUUUGCCACCUAUAUUCCUGGUCGGGCCGUACGGGACGGGGAAAACGUUCACGUUAGCCCACGCAACGAAGCUGAUCCUGCAGCAGAAAAACACCAGAAUUCUCAUCUGCACACAUUCAAACAGUGCCGCUGAUCUAUACAUCAAAGACUACCUCCAUGCUUACGUCGAGUCUGGGUUCAAUGCUGCACGCCCUCUCCGCAUCUACUUCAAGAACCGCUGGGUACCGACGGUCCAUCCCCUGGUCAGACUCUACUGCAUCAUGUCCGAGGCCGGGGAUAAGUUUCUAAUGCCGUCCAAGGAGGAGGUGAUGAAGUCCAGGGUUGUCGUGGCAACGCUCAGCACCUCGCGGUUUCUGAGUCAUCUGGACCUUGGCCAAGGUUUCUUCACACACAUCCUGAUUGAUGAGGCAGCGCAGGCCAUGGAAUGCGAAACCAUCAUGCCGAUGGCUCUAGCCAAUCAAAACACUCGUAUCGUGCUCGCUGGAGACUACAUGCAGAUCAGUCCUGAGGUCCACUCAUCCUUUGCCAGGGAGCGCAACCUCCACAUCUCCCUCCUGGAGCGUCUCUACGAUCUCUACCCCGCCCAGCAUCCUUGCAAGAUCCUCCUGUGUGAGAACUACCGCUCCCACGAGGCCAUCGUGCAAUACACCUCCAAGCUGUUUUAUGACAACAAGCUGCUGUGCAGCGGCAAGCAGCUGCCCCACAAGACGUGGCAUCCGCUCACGUUCUUCACGGCGAGGGGAGAGGACGUACAGGAGAAGAACAGCACUUCAUUUUAUAACAACGCUGAGGUAUUUGAGAUCUCCGAGAGGGUUUCAGAGCUUCAGAAGUCCUGGCCGGUCGACGACUGGGGUAACUUGGACGAGAUGAGCAUCGGAGUAGUGAGUCACUACUCAGAUCAGGUGUUUCGUAUCAGGUCCGAGUUACGCAAACGUCGUCUGCACAAUGUGUCCGUGGAGAGAGUGAUGAACGUACAGGGCAAGCAGUUUCGCGUCCUGUUCAUCAGUACAGUACGCACCCGUAACACGUGCAAAGCCACCACCAAGACAAAGUCACCCAAGUCCAAGAAGAGGGGAGAGAUGAGCACAUCGGGAGAUGAAGAGGAUGCAGAUUACGGGUUCUUGUCCAAUGACAAGCUUCUGAACACUGCCAUUACUAGGGCACAGUCCCUGGUUGCGGUAGUGGGAGACCCGGUGUCACUCUGCUCCAUUGGGAAGUGCAGAAUCCUAUGGGAGAAUUUCAUCAAAGCUGCCCAUGAGAGUAAUAGUCUCUUCGGCAUCACCUACGAGGAGAUCCAAGCCCAGCUCUCUGGUGUCGAGAUGAAGAAGACCUACAACCUGAACCCCCUCGCUAAGGAGUUCAUCCCACAAGCAUUACGGAACCAGAUGACUGGUGCCCCAAUGAUCCAAGGAGCUGGACUCCAUGGAGCGGGACUAUCAGGCCAUGGACUCCCAAGAGGAAUGCUCUCACCAAACCAAUCAGCAAUCCCAACGUCACUCACAGCUGGUAUGAAUGCAUCCUUCCGAGCAAUUACUGGAAUGCCCUACGGGCCUGGAAUGGUACGUCCAGGUAGUCCCAUCCCGACCUUCGAUCCAGUGACCGGUAGGAUGUUCAUGAUGCCUAUGUCGUACAUGAUGCCCAUGCAUCCGCUACGUAUGCUCCCAGGCCACCAGCUAUACCACCAGGGUGCUUACAUCGACCCCAGCACGGGGUUACCUCUGGUCAUGCCACCAUACGGAUUCCCACACAUGAUGCGCCACUCACCAACGCACCUGGCCAGCGGUUCCUCACCUCAACUCUCCCCGAAACAGCAGUCUGACAGGUCAUCCCACCCGGGCUCUCCGAAGGAAUCGCCCAAUGCAAACUCCCACGCCCGGGAGAGGAAAUCCAGCGGCUCGGAGGCAAGCAGCACUAAAUCGACGCUGAGCGAGCAGCAGGAAACUGUGGCCAAGUUGCAAGAGAUGAGGAUCCAUGAGGAGUAUAACUACUACCUGAGGACGAUGGGACCUGAUUAUGCAAGUAAGUUCCUGUCAAAGCAUUCUCCCAAGCAGCAGCAGCAGCACCAGCAGCAGCAGCAACAGCAGCAGCAGCACCAGCAGCAGCAAAAUGUGCAUCAUCAAACUGCAGCAGAACAACCUGGACAGCCUCCACCACUUGCAGUAGCAGCUGAGGCGCUGCACAGGAUGACACAUUCUGGUCGGCCGAAUCAUCCUGCCCAUCAUCCACUAAGUCCACAAUCCUUGCAUCAACACCAUCUUCAGCAAAUGCAUCUUCAUCAGCAGCAGCAGCAACAACAUCAGCAGCAGCAACAACAUCAGCAGCAGCAACAGCAACAGCAACAACAGCAACAGCAGCAGCAACGCUCUGGUGGCUUGCAUCCUGUGCCGCCAGGUGCAACUAACGCACAACAACAUGCACGACGACCUGCUGUGCAACGACAGCUCUUCGAGAACAGCCAUCCACACAAUGCUGAGCCAUGGAGUGAAUCCAACGGCACUUUUAAAGGAAACGCUGCCGGUCAGGAAAUCUUGAACAUGCUGCAGCAGGGAAAUAGAAACAAGAUCCCAGAGGAGUAUGAGAGGGAAGUGUUACAAAUGAGCAAUGUCAAACCUCAGAAGGAACAAAUGGGGGGCUACGGGUUGGGUCAACACCAACAGCAGCAGCAGCCGUUCCCCCAGAGCAACAACGAUAUGCAGUACGGCAUCAACAAGCAACCAGAACAGAGUGUGUCGGGUCAGCCCAUAGCAUUAAGGGCCAGUGGAGUUCACAUGCCUAGAUCGAUCUAUGCCCAGCAAAAUAGCCACCCACCUAUGAGCAAUCCACGGCAGAACCAACAACCCCCGGUUAGUCCCAAUCUGAACCACACGGUCAACAACACAGACCGGUCCAGAAACCCUUCAGGUCAGAACGCUGGAUUCUUCUCGACCGAAUCCAGCUUCCCACGGCUUGGGGUGCAGCGGGACCUCUACCACGAGACCGCCCAGGAGGACCAGCCAAACUUCGCCUUCAGGAAUGAGAUCCCGGCAAAUCACCAGGCGGAGGACCUAGGCCUAGACCGAGAAGAACCAGAAUGGGUAAGAUCUAAUUCAGUUGUUAAUAGCAGGAUGUAUAUGAACCAGGGCGGGGAUUACGAUUACACACCAGCAGAGUCUCAGCAGCUGGUGUCGGCACUGCCGCCACCGCAGCAUGACGACCACAUGGGGCUCAACCCGAAUCCAGGUAGCCGCUUCAGCCCGAUCGGCACUGGCGCUCACCUGGACAGCAACUCCAAGGAUGACAUGCAGCCUUUAGCAGCAUCAAUGUCGUACGCCAGCGCUCUGCGUGCCACGCCGAAGCCCAAGCUCAGCAAGACGGGAUACCCUCUCGAGGACAGAGGCAAGACGGCCUCCCCCUUGAUGCUAAUCAAAGACCUCGGUAAUCGGCAAAACAAAGAUGGGUAUUAUUCCUACUUUAACUGACUAGAUUUCAGAGUCCCUCUUGUUUCUUGGUCCUUAUCAUGUGAUGCGUUUUCACAAUCUUGAUUGCACAUGCGCUUGUUCUUGAAGCGUGGGUGCUUAUGCCUAUAAUUUGAUAAACCCCAGUCUUGUUCAUAAUUGGGCCCAAUUUUAUGGCUCCGCCUACUGUCACAUUAUGCGCUUGCGAUAACCAUUCUUAGCCUAAAGGGCAAGCGCCACAUUUCUGUGCUAGCUGUGUAAGCAAAUGAUUCCUAGUAGGGUUGAGUUUACACAUGCACAAAAAAAAAAGACUUCUGCUAACCUGUAAAAUAUGCUUGGUGUAAGUACGAAUUUUCUUGUUAUUUGCUGACAGUAAGCAGAGUCAUGAUAUUGGACCCUGAUGUCUUUUGGACGAUCUAUAAAAGAUUACCCUUUGGUAUCAGUUACUCUGAAGCCUUCGUUGAAAUAAGUAGUUUUGUAUUUUUGCCCUCAGGAUUCAGUGAAUAUCGUGGCAAGAUUGUGUCAAAACCUUUAUCAUAUGAAACUGUCUUUGGAGCAAAUAUAAACAGCAUAUGAAUAAUUCUCAGUUCGUUGUGGAAGCUGCUAAUAAUAGAGAGUUUCUCGCUUUUGACGACGGAUGGUUCUGCGACAGUUUUCAGCCAAAUCUUGUUUUCAGCACAAUGCAGAUUCAUCCCAAAUACUGUCGUAGACAUUGAGGGACAACCAUCCUCAAAGCUGAUGCAUGCGCAGAUGACGCCAAAUGUCAUCAUUACUGUCGCAAAACCAUCCGUUGUCCAAAAAAGAAAGCUCUCUUAUAUAUCACAUGAAACAGACAGAGUAUGACAGGGUUUUUCGCAGACUGGCCGAUUCAGUGUCCGAGUGUACGUCCUGUCCAGCAUUUAUAACUAUGGCUAACUGCAAAUUUUUAACUGAAGAAUCUGUAUAUUGGGUACAGUUGUACUGAUGUAUUACUACAGCUGGACAGUUUGUACAUUGGAACAACAGGAGGCUUUUUAUAAAACAAAAAUAAUCAAGUAUGUACAUGUAUUCUAUACAGUGUGGUUUGGGUUGCAUUACCAUAUCUGUACCAGGUUGUUUGCUGUGGCUCUUGAAGAAACUGUACAGGAAUUAAUUUUCAAGGUGAGAUAUACCAGAUAUAAAAAUAUAGAAACUUGUUUUCUCAAAUCUUGCGGAGAAAAUACUUUUGAGAAGCUGUGUCUGAAUUUGCAGCUACGGCUAUGGCUGGAUCCCCAAGACAACAUGCAUUGAAGCAUAGGCUGCCCUUAGCAAAAUCCCUUAGCGACAGUCGCAGCCACAGCUGCCAUUUCAGUCUUAGCCAUAAACUGCUACGGCUAUGGCUGGAUCCCCAAGACAACAUGCAUUGAAGCAUAGGCUGCCCUUAGCAAAACCCCUUAGCAACAGUUGCAGCCACAACUGCCAUUUCAGUCACAGCCAUAGACUGCUACGGCUAUGGCUGGAUCCCUAAGUCAACAUGCAUUGAAGCAUAGGCUUGCCCUUAGCAAAACCCCUUAGCAACAGUCACAGCCACAGCUGCCAUUUCAGACACGGCCAUGAACCGAGUAUUAUCAUGUUGUGGAACCAGGGGUUGAUUUCAUAGAGUUAAGACUAGUCUAAUCACUAACUUUGCACUAGCCUUGAAAUCGACCCCAGGCCCAAUUUCAUAAAGCUGUUUAGCAGGAAAUACCUCUUAGCUCAGCAAGAAAAUGAAUAGGGCACCAGUCGCAACAAUGUAAACCUUAUGGAAUGUUGGCUGGUUACCAGUUUCUGCUGAGCAAUAUUGUUUGUGUGCUUAGCAGGUAUGAGAUUGGGUUCUGAUAUGUAUAGAUUAUUCCUGGUGUGAUUUGCAGGAAAUGUUUGCUUCAGUUAAGAGUACUUUACGGGACCAAGUAAUUGUUGAAAAGUGUAAUAUAUGAAACCAUGUAUAACUGCUGCAUAGGAAUAGGAACACAGUGCUUUAUGUAUGGUUUCAAACAAGUACGGCUGCUUUUCUGUGUUUAAUGGCAACCUAUUAUGGACAUUUUAGUAUCGAGUAUACUUGUUGUAUGAAGUUUUUCUUAAAUGGUUUGGGUAUCAACAAGUUAGUCAGUCUAGUGAAAAAAUAUGUACUUGUUAAAAGCCGGUGCAUUAUUUGUAAAUAUUGUAUAUAUAAAAGCAGGAUUGAAUAUGUUUUUUUUUUUUUCGCGGUACGUUGAUGCAAAAGCAACAAUUAUUUUACUUUGGCUAAUUAAGAGGACAAGGCGAGUUAAGAAGCGAUGAGCAUUGUUUUAGUUGAAGGUUUGUAUUUUGAGGAGAAAAACUGUAGCAUUUUGUAAAUAAUGCUUUGUUUGUGAAUAAUAAUUUAUUUUAAAUAUAUUCUCAGAUUUUUUUUGUUUAUGUGGAGGAAAAAAAAAAAAAAAAAAAAAAAAUGAAAAAUAAGAAAAGACAAAAAUAGCUUUGCUGUCGUGAAUAUACUCGGAAAGUACUUGGGUAAAAAGGAUUUUGUAGUUGUGUAUGUAGGGAAGGGGAAAAUUGUUGAUGUGGAAGUGUCAGUAUUUUGUAUAGUAGAAUAUAGUUCUGUUCUAGCUUGAUGCCUGCUUUAUUGAAUUACAAAUUUUGGUUCUACUUUUAUAUGUAUUUCUAUAAAAAUUAGUUCUUCAAUUGAAUGAUUUAAAAAAAAA